GCCGCGGAGUGUUUGUGACUGAGUGUCUGAGUGGCAUUUCUUUCCAAAACCAUGGAUAAGGAUUGACAAAACAGCAGUAUCAGGGAACACGUGAAGGCAAAGACAGUCACAAAAUCCAGCACACAGAUAGAUGAACAUCAAGCGUCUCCCGUUACUCACUGGGAGGACUUCACGACAUCUGGACCACGGCAACAAUGGAUUGUGGAGAGUUUGCCGGCCAUAGCAACAUGACCAUCUCGAUCCUCAACAGCUGACCCCAUAUAAAUCCUACAAGGCAGUAUCCUCAGCUGACGGAGAGUACCCAUUACACACAGAUUACAGAAAUCUUACAUUUCCAUUACAGAACCAUAAGUGGAAUGAUUGAUGACCAUCAUAAUGCACAUACAUGGAAGUCCAGCAUUCAUCUGUAUUGCAUACUCACUAGCCUCAUGUGGGCUGAAUCCUCCCACAUCCCAGAUGUUAGCAUAUCAGCUAGAAUGUAUUAACAAUGGCAAAGCCUUGAGUGUUAUUCACAAGUGUGGUUUCCUGAGUGACUGGCACCCUCACUGCUGUUUUUUUAUUGGACCAGUUUCAUUCACCCAGAUGUGUGCAACUCCCACCUCCACUGCCCGUGUGACAAGGUAUGGGGUAUUUCUGGAUGGUGGCUCAGUCAAACAUCUCGGAGAACACACACACAAACAUGGUUUCAAAACCAGGUACUGUGGACAUGAGUGUAGCAUGUAAUAGUGGGAUAUAGUCUAUGAAGCCAAGGAUUUGACCUAUUGCAACAAAAACACUAUAUAUGUUUUGAAGCCAGUGUGUGUGUGUGUGUGUGUGUGUUGCCUCUGAUAGUUUGGCUGAGCCAUCAUCCAGAAAGACCCAGGCCUCAUCACAGGGUUGGCACUUUUUAUGGUCUUAAACUGUACACACUGCAGUUAUCUUUUCUAUCUAUACACAGGUAACAACACCUUUACAAACUUUUUUUAGGAUUUUAACAUAAAUAAAUAAAUGCUUAUCAUGCUGAGAUCUAUUGUCAUACUCUUAUACAUUAUAUUUCAAAACAUUUAGUAGCAGCAGCUCAUGCUCAUUUUUAUCAGUACUUUAUACUAAAGUGUAUAAUAAUCUUUGAUAUCAGUACUUCACUAAAGUAUAUAUAAUCUUAGAUUUAAGUAUCAAAAAUGCUCGGAAGACUCUCUGGAGAUUUUAACACAAAAAUAUUUCUAAAUUUUUCUCCUGUAAUCUCAGGGGGCUUACAGUAUUGUUAUUAGAGGUCAUAUAAUGAAAAUGGAACACUGGGAUACAGACAAAAAAAUCUAUUACAAAAGUGUUACACUAUUCUA